GAGGUUAACAUAGCUCUAGUUACCAAGGAGUAUCGGGUCUCAGCAACAGCAGUCCAACAGAGGAGCUGGAAACAUGUUAAAGAAGUAUAUAUUGUACCGUAAAGGAACAUUUUGGAAGUCGUGUGUCUGCUUGGGAUUUGUCAUGUAUUUAGUUCAUAGGAAGUUAAAAUUGUACAGUAUUUUUUCACUUUUCAUUUGCUGAAUGUGACACCGGUGGUUUAAAGAUUUUACAGAGAGAGGAAGGCCCAUUAUAUCGUUUGAUAUAAAAUGCAACAGAGGUUGGGGCUCUUCAGCUGUCUGAGGACUGGAUUUACAUUCUUUUGUUUGUUUACCUUCAGUUGGUCUCAGCAACAUAAUAGUGAAGAAUGUAAAUUAUCAAGGACAGGCCCCCCUGCCACAAUAGUUACAAUUGAUGAGGAAAGUCGAAAUGGGACUGUGCUGGUUGAAAAUAUGCAAAUAAAUGGGAGAACUAAAGACCCUGGCAGAACAAUUUCAUUAUCUUUACUUAACAACUAUGACUACUGGGUUAUUUUGGAUCCAUCAAUACAAAGAUUACAUUUAAACAGUACAGGGCGAGUUCUUGACAGAGAUCCACCCUUCAACAUCCACUCUAUAGUGGUCCAGAUUCAAUGUAUCAACGAAAUAGUUGGCACUGUAAUUCUACAUGAAGUGCGGAUUGUUGUGAGGGAUCGCAAUGACAAUGCCCCUCGCUUCCAGCGGCUCCGCUAUUCUAUAGCAAUAAAUGAGCUUACUCCAGUUGGAACAACCAUUUUUACUGGCUUAUCUGGAAACGGUGGAGCCAUUGAUAUUGAUGAUGGACCAAAUGGACAAGUGGAAUAUCAAAUUAGAUAUAAUCCGAAUGAUCCAGAGUCACACAGAAUGUUCAGCAUUCCACUUGCUGUCUCUGGGUCUGUCAUCUUGAGGGGAAGACUCAACUAUGAAGAAAAAACUCGCUACUUGGUUCUUAUUGAGGCUAAUGAUCGUGCACCUUAUCCAGGUGACAAGCAGACUGCCACAACUACUUUGACGGUAGAUGUGCUGGAUGGGGAUGAUCUAGGCCCAAUGUUUCUUCCCUGUACUCCAGUAAACAGCACCGAUGAUUGUAGACCCUUGAUGUACAAAGCAGCUGUUUCAGAGCUCACUGACCCAGGACGAAUUAACCCAAUUCAAGUCACUCCCACCAUCAAAGCUGUUGAUCAAGAUCAAAACAUUCAGCCUCCAUCUGAUCGACCUGGAAUUAUUUACUCGAUCCUCGUUGGUAAACCAGCAACAUUUGCAGAGUACUUCACAUUAAACAGAACAACAGCCGAACUCCGACUUCUGAAACCGAUCAACAGAGAUCUGUAUCAAGCGUUUGACUUGAUAAUUAAGGCAGAACAAGACAAUCGACACCCCCUACCUGCUUUUGCUAAUUUGUAUAUUGAGGUCCUAGAGGAAAACAAUCAGGCCCCAUACUUUCAAAUAUCCACUUAUCAAGGAUUCGUCAUUGAGUCGGCACCGGUUGGCACCACAAUAUCCAGCAAUGCUAAUUUUACUGCUCCCCUCAGCAUUAUUGCCCUCGAUAAGGACGUUGAGGAAACAAAAGAUCCCAUGUUGAAAAUAUCCUUGAGCAAGUAUAACAAUGUAUUCAGAAUCACACCAUCAGGAAUCACUCGCUACUUGACACUGUUGAUUCCAGUAGACCGAGAAGAACAAAUGACUUACUCUUUUAUGAUGGUGGCCUCUGAUGGAGUUAUGGAAAGUCCAGAAGUCACAGUUAACAUCAUAGUGAUUGACGCUAAUGAUAAUACUCCAGCUUUUACAAGCAUCUCCUACAGUGCAAAUGUUUAUACUAACAUGCAGCCUGGAGAUCCAGUAUUGCAGGUAACAGCUCGUGAUAUAGAUGACGGUCUUAAUGGACUGAUAACUUACGAGAUCAUAGCUGGCAGUCAGGGACACUUCACCAUCAAUAACUAUUCAGGAUUGAUCCAUGUGGCACGAGAAGCCAGACUUACUGUGGGCCAGUCCUAUGCCCUGACUGUGAAAGCAUCAGACAAUGCACCUGAGCUGCAAAAAAGGAGCUCUAUCACCACAGUGUACCUUGAAGUUCUUCCACCCAACAAUCAGAGUUCACCAGUUUUUAUGCUCUCUGUAUAUAGCCUUGAGGUCAGUGAAGCUAUGAGGAUUGGAGCUGUUCUGCUUAAUCUGCAGGCAACAGAUCGUGAAAAGGACCCAAUUACUUACCGUCUUAUGAGUGGAGAUCCCCAGAAUGUAUUUAACCUUUCAAGAAAUUUAGGUUUGCUAUUCUUGGAAAAACCUCUUGACAGGGAAACCACAGAUCAGUACAUCCUGACGGUUACUGCUUCCGAUGGGCAUCCAAAUGGAAUCUCAACAGCAACUGUGACCAUAAUGGUUACUGAUGUGAAUGAUAACGACCCUGUUUUUGAUCCACUUCUGCCAAAAAACUUUACUGUCCAAGAGGAAGAUGGAAAUGCCUUUGUGGGUCAGGUAAAGGCCACCGAUAAAGAUUUAGGGGUCAAUGGACGGGUCAACUACAGAGUAAUGCACCCUGCUGGCUUCUUCAGAAUCAAUAGCAAUGGUAGUAUCUUCACCUCAAUUCCCUUGGACCGUGAGAUCAGGAGUCAAUACGACCUGAUUGUGGAAGCCUUUGACGGUGCAUCAGAUCCUCGCCGGACAACCACCACACUAUCUGUUGAAAUCCUGGACGUAGAUGAUAACAGCCCUGUGUUCUCGCAAACAUCUUACAUUGUAAAUCUUCCCGAGAACAGUCUCGUGGGGACAGUCUUCCUGCAGCUCAGCGCUGAAGAUGCUGACCUUGACUCCAACAUCACAUACUACAUUCAAACAGAUGAGGCUAGACAGCUCUUUGAUAUUCAUCCAGUGACAGGCCACCUGUCAGUUCGGCAAGUACUGGAUUUUGAGAACCUUUCUGUAUCUGGAACUACGUACACUUUUGUAGUGGAGGCUUUGAACCACAAAGGGAAGAUGCCUCCUGGGCUAUGUACUGUCACGGUCAAAAUAACAGAUUUGAAUGAUUACGCGCCGGUGUUCAGCCAGGCUUUGUACCGUGUGAUGGUGUCCCCAACAGCAGAGAAGGGAACGUAUGUCACCACAGUCUUUGCCGAAGAUGAAGACCCUCCUGUGAGUUGA